ACUGUUAUUGGAGGAAACGGUAGGUAAAUGAGCGAAAAUACCCGAAUGCACACGAGGAUAUGAGAGUAAUUCGUUUUUUGGAACGCUUUACGAUAGAAUUGAGAGGAUAAAAGGGAAACGUUCGAAAAGCAGAAACUGGUUAUUGUAUAUAACUGAUAAUGACGCGACGAAAUAUUUCACUCGGUUUUGUACUAUCGCUUCUUCGUAACACGUCUAUUAUUGUAAAAGAGAGUGACGAUGAUGAUGAAGAAAUGAUGACAUUGUUACUCGUUGAAAAAAUGUCUCAUCUACGUGGAUCUUUAUUCGCUCCGCCUAGGUUGGAAGGCUUUUUUGAAGAAGUUGUACUCAGAUACACAUUCCGACAAUUUAAGUCACAUUUUAGAAUUACUCCUGCAACCGCUAAUGAUCUCGAAAAUAGAUUAGCCCCAUUAUUAGCUAGAGAUGGAACAGAAGGAAGAUUACCUGUCAUCCCUCGUAUACAAAUCUUAAUAUGUCUGUGGAUAUUAGCAAAUCCGGAAUCAUACAGGUCAAUGGAAGUACAAUUUGGAAUAGGUAAAGCCUCAUUGCAUCGUUAUUUUCUACGUGUAAUUCAUGCUCUACGUGAUAUUUCCUCUGAAGUAAUUUGUUGGCCAGAAGGCAAUAAUAUAAAUAGGAUAAAAAAUGAGUUCAAUGCAAAGGCUAACAUGCCUGAUGUUAUUGGUGCGAUUGAUGGCUGUCACAUAGAAAUAGAAGCUCCAAAGUUUGAUGCUGCUUCAUAUCGCACUAGUAAGAAAAAAUAUGCUGUCCAACUUCAAGCAAUUUGCGACGCAUCCUUAGUUUUUACAGACUGUUUUGCUGGCUAUCCAGGAGCAGUCCAUGACGUUCGUGUGCUCCAUAAUUCUCCAUUAUAUAGAGACGCAAUGAGAAAUGAACGUGCUUUGUUUCCUAAUGGAGAGUAUCUUGUUGGAGAUAAAGGCUAUCAGCCAGUAAGAACAUGGCUUAUAACACCUUAUAGAGAUACUGGUGCUUUGACUCAAGCUCACAAAGAUUUCAACAAUAUUCUAUCAAGAACUAGACAAGUAAUAGAGCGUGCGUUUGCUCUUCUGAAAGGACGUUUUAGAAGAUUGAAACAUUUGCACAUGGAUCUUAUUGAUAAAAUCCCUUGUACAAUUUUAGCUUGCUGUGUACUACAUAAUUUAUGCCUGCAAGGAUUUCAUGAUAAUGAAGAAGAUCUUCAAGAAUAUAUUAGAGAUGGAGAAGAAAUUGACAACGAUCUUUAUGCACAGGAACAAAAUUUAUAUGAAGAACUCGUAAUUCAUAAUGAUAAUAACGUUACAGCUGGCCAAAGAAAGCGUAAUUAUUUAAAGGAUAGAUUAACUUAAUUCGAAGCACUUUAU